AAGACAACGAUCUAACCGACAACGCUCAACAGACAUGGCUCUCUCAUCAUCGCCAUUACCAUCGCAAAAAGGCGUAAUAAUAACAGUACCAACACUGGUGCUCUCUCUCUCAGCCGCCGCAAUCUUCAUCUUCCUCCUCUUGUCCACUCUUUCCACUUGCUCUUGUCCUCCUUCAACCGCCCCUGCUUCGACUGGUGCCGCCGCCGUAUCGAGGGGUGGGAAUUAUGGGGAGGAUCGUACGGAGAGGUUUUCGCCUACGCAGGAUGAUAUAGAGUGGAUUAGGGAUCAGAUCCGGGUCAAUGGUAUCCGAAUGCAACCGAAUGUGCUUCGUAAGGGCAUCAAUCCUCGCACUAGGGCUCAACAACUCCAGGAUCUCAUUCAAUUCAAGGGUAUUUCCCACUAUGAAGAACCUGAAUCUAAUGAUCAUACUGCCCUCCCAUGUCCAGGCGAACUGCUCGUUGAAGAGCACCACAGCAACUAUGGGGAGCCCUGGGCUGGCGGACGGGAUGUAUUUGAGUUCCUAGCUGAGUCUUCACAUCUGACUCCUGUCUCACGCGUUCUUGAAAUUGGGUGUGGCACACUCCGUGUUGGGGUACACUUUAUUCGCUAUCUCAAUCUGAAACAUUUCCAUUGCCUUGAAAGAGAUGAGCUAUCUCUCAUGGCUGCAUUCAGGUAUGAGCUUCCUUCUCAGGGUCUUUUGCACAAGCGUCCUGUGAUUGUGAAAGGCGAGGACAUGGAGUUCUCCAAGUUUGGUGCUGGAGUUGUUUAUGAUCUGAUUUAUGCAAGUGCUGUUUUUCUUCAUAUGCCUGAUAAAUUGGUGUGGGUUGGUUUUGAGAGGUUAGCAAAUAAGUUGAAACCUUAUGAAGGGCGGAUCUUCGUAUCUCAUAACAUAAAGUUUUGUUCAAGAUUGGGAGGAGACGAGUGCACAAAGAGGCUUACAAGUUUGGGGCUCGAGUAUAUUGGAAAGCAUACACAUGACAGCUUACUUUUUAAUCAUUAUGAGAUUUGGUUUGAGUUUAGGCAGUCUAAAGCUUAGGUGGUUGUGAAUUAUUUCUUUUUAGAGUGUAGCUUGGCAGUCCGAGAAGCCAAAAAAGAGCAAAAUGUGCUGUGUUGACUCUAGAUUAGUUCCUUAACACUUCUACAAGCUUGGCUGUUCAUUGCCUUGUCAAUAGAUUCAAGUAGAAGAUAUGGAUUGAUAGAGCUGAUCUUGAGAUGUUUAUAUCAGUGGUUUAGUCUACAUGCUUUAAGAGUGAAUGAAGACCUUGAACUCGACAGAAGGAGGGACGCAGUAACUUUGAUAUUUGUUUUAGGGAGCUUGAAUAUCUCCUAUUCAGAAUGCAAAUACUAUUUAUAGAAGCAGAGUUUUAUUUUUUAAAGAAAGUUCCUGCUUUUUAACAAGUAACCUCAUCAUCUAUUGAAUGCUGGUUUUUAUGUCUUCUGCAUAAAAUUGAAUUUGUAUGUUAAACAUACAUACAUACAUGAAUUACCUAGAAGAUGUAGAUGAGCUAUAUACAUGUCAUGAAGCCGACUCAAAAAUUUUGAGAUAAAGGCUCGGAUGAUGAUGAUGUAGACGAGCUAUCUAACAUUAGUUGGUUGUGUUUUACAGAGUAGAGAAGUGUCCAAUGUUUAUGGAUGGAAAGCAUGAACAGUUUUAUUGUAACACUUUCUUUUUUGACAGAGAUACUUGCCACAGAAGCAAAUUUUGCU